UACUGCUGCCUUUCUUAAACAAGAAAGUAAUAAAGAGUGAGAAUAUGAAUAUGGUCAAGGUUGGCCCAGCAGGAGGAAAGAAGGCAGCUGCUUGGGAUGAUAAGGGAAAAGGGGAAAUUGCCAAGAUUUAUGUUUCCCACUGGCAACACGGAAUUAAUUCACUUCAAUUCCUGUUCGUUGAGAAUGACAACUUUGUUUUGUCUGAGAGACAUGGUGCUGCACACAACAAAAACUUCACUACGGUUGUGUUAGAUCAUCCAUCAGAAUUUCUUACUUCAAUAAGAGGUUUCCACAAUGUUGAAAAAGAACUGAGGAAGAUUGUAUGUUUGAGAUCAAUAACCUUCGGCACCAACAAGGGUACCUAUGGACCAUAUGGCAUGACGACCUCUGUUGAUCCCAGUUUGAAUGAGCACUUCAACUUUGAAAUAGGAGAUGAUCGUUCAUUUGGUGGAUUUCAUGGCACCAAUUAUAGUAAUUUCAUUGAGAGUAUUGGUGUCUAUGUGAAGACUGUCACAUCCUCCAUGAUCAGAACCAAGGAUUCUCGAGUGAAGGUUAAAAAGGAAGCAGAACAUCUGCUUCCUCCAUAA